GGGACCUCGUCCUACCAAACCCCCGUCCCUCCGGCUCCUCGCCGGCCGGCUUUGCUGAGCCCCUGUGGACACUCUCCCGUCCAGCUUGCCCCACCAAGGGAUCGACAUGGUGGCCACCUGCCUGCACCUGGCCGGAUUUGUCUGCAGUUUUAUCGGGUGGAUCGGGGUGGUUGUGGCAACGGCCACCAACGACUGGGUGGUAACCUGCGGCUACACCAUUACCACCUGCAGGAAAAUGGAUGAGCUGGGAUCCAAGGGGCUGUGGGCAGACUGUGUCAUGGCAACAGGGCUCUACCACUGCAAGCCCCUCGUGGACAUCCUCAUACUGCCAGGGUACGUCCAAGCAUGUCGAGCACUGAUGAUCGCCGCCUCCGUCCUGGGUCUUCCCGCUAUCUUCUUCCUGCUCAUAACGGUCUUGCCCCUGCCACCCGUGGCCCACGAGCCUGGAGCUGCCAAGUACCGGCGGUCCCAGCUGGGAGGGAUCCUCAUCAUCCUCCUGGCCAUGUGCGGCGUUGUUGCAACGAUCUGGUUUCCCGUGUGCGCCCACCGCGAGACCACCAUCAUGAGCUUCGGCUACUCCCUGUACACGGGCUGGAUCGGCUCUGCCCUCUGCCUCUUCGGCGGCUGCGUCAUCGUCUGCUGCUCGGGAGAUGCCCAGACGUUUGGUGAAAACCGUUUCUACUACGCCUCGGGAUCCAGCUCCCCUACCCACGCGAAGAGCGCUCACGUGUAAGCAUCUUGGGGACGUCCCAUGGCUGCCGUCGGAUGCCUUGGCUG